AUGGCGGCGGAGGUCAUCCCUCCAGCGCUCGCCGGCCCCACCGAGCACGGCACCAGCACGAAGGAGGCUACGACGACCACGCUCGGCCUGCUCAAGAGCGAGUGGGAGCUGCUCACGCUCAGCACGGCGGUCAAGCUGCUCCUCUUCCCCACGUACCACUCUACGGACUUUGAGGUGCAUCGUAACUGGCUCGCCAUUACGCGCUCGCUCCCCAUGCGCGACUGGUACUUUGAAGCCACCUCGCAGUGGACGCUCGACUAUCCGCCAUUCUUUGCGUACUUUUCGUGGAUCCUGGCGCAGCCUGCGGCGCUGGUCGAUCCACUCAUCGUCAGCCUGCACGAGGGGCUCGAAUACUCUGCCUGGUCCUGCAAGGCAUACAUGCGCGCCACGGUGAUCGCCACCGAGCUCGUGCUCGCAGCAGCACUGCUCGCGCAUGCAAGGAUCGGCACGCAGCGCACCAUGAAGAUCGGAUUUACGGACUCGACGACGGCGGGCCCAAGCACGUCGUACAUCCUGGCAGCGAGCCUGCUCAUGCAUCCGGGACUGAUCAUCAUCGACCACAUCCACUUUCAGUACAACGGCUUCUUGUUCGGCGUGCUGGCCUGGUCGCUGUGGGCGGCGCGCGAAGACCACCCGCUGCUGUGCGCGUUCCUGUUCAGCUCGCUGCUCAACCUCAAGCACAUCUACGUCUACGUCGCGCCGCCGUUCCUGGUGUUUCUGCUGCGCUCGUAUGUGGUGCCUGUCGGCACUCGCGCCAGCGACGUCGGACGCUGCGUCGAAAGGCUCAUCACCGUCGGCGUGGUCACGCUCAUCCCGUUCGUGCUCAGCCUCGCACCGCUCGCGCUGGACGGGCUUCGGCACGAAGCCGGCCCACUUGGCGUGCUGGCACAGAUGGUGAAAAGGUUGUUCCCGUUCAGCCGCGGGCUGAUCCACGCCUACUGGGCACCCAACGCUUGGGCGCUAUGGACGUUCGCGGACCGUGUGUUGGUCAAGCUGCUCCCACGUGUGCCUGCGCUGCGCAUGUUUGUACCGGCAGGUAUGCUUGCGCGCUUCGAUGCGUCUGCCGGCUCGGGAUUCGCGUCGGCCUCGCGCGGGCUGGUGGAGAACAUCGCGUUCGGGAUCAUGCCGGACAUCAGUCCGUCCAUGUGCUUUGCGCUCACGCUGACGUGCAUGUGCGUGUACAUGGUCAAGCUGUGGCAGACGCCGACGUACCGCUCGUUCUUGGCUGCCGUCAGCCUGUGUGGCUUUGCAUCGUUCCUGUUCGGAUGGCAUGUGCAUGAAAAGGCCAUCAUGCUCCCGCUCAUCCCCUACACGCUGCUCGCCGCGGUCGACUACGCCCACUUGCGCACGUUUGUGCUGCUCAGUGCAGCGGGCAUCGUCUCGCUCUUCCCGCUGCUGUUUACGCCGCAAGAGGCGCCGAUCAAGAUGGCGUAUUCGAUCGUGUGGGCGCUGCUCGUGCUGGGCCCGCUGCAGAAGCGCGUCUUCCGACCCGUGCAGUCGAAUCUCGGCCUCGUCGUGCAUCGGCUCGAGUCGCUGUAUCUGUGGGGUUUCGUGGCGCUUCAGGCGUACGUCUCGAUCGUGCAUCCGAUGAUCUUUGCACAGGCAGGCCACAGCGUUGUGCUGCCUGUGCAGCCGGUGCUUGCUUCGCCGGCGAACGCGACGCAUGCAAGCGCAGCAGCUGCGCAUUUGGCGUCCGAUGUCAUUCCACUACCUCCAGCGACAGCGAUAGCCGACAGCGCUGCUGUGCAGAUUGACGCCGACCCGCCGCUUCCUGUGGCAACACCAGAUUCGAAUGCCGAUGGCGCAGAUGAAGCCGUCGCUGUCGACACUGCCGAGUUCGACGUUGCGCCUCCUACUUCCGAUUCGAUAUCGAGGCGACUGCUGUCGACACCCACGGCUCCCGACACACCCUCAACAGGGUCGAUCCAAGAUCAGCCCGAAGCGACCGCCACCACCAGCAAAGUGCAAGAGCUUACGCCAUCCGAGUCGUCGAUGGAGUUCCUUCCACUCAUGAUGGUGAGCGUGUACUGCAGCCUGGGCGUCAUCUGGGCAUGGAUGCGCGCCUCGGCCGUCUAUCUCCUCAGCGAGGCCUAA